AUGGGGCGAUCUGCGGGCCAGGCAAAAUGGCUUACCUCAUGUAGGCGCUUCAUGACGGAUCACCCCAAGAGCCUCGUUCUACGAGUACGCUUCCUACUCCUGCUUGAUUGUACCUUUAUUGCUCUUGCAAUUACCUCACUUAGUGCUCCAUGGUACAUGCAGGAGUGGAGGGUCGCCAACGGGGAGAUUCUGGCAUGGACACUGAACCUUGGAACAGCCAAAUUCAGGGUUGACUGCUCCUCAGACUCUCCCGAGUUCUUGGAUUUGUGCAAAAAUCUAUAUGGAAGAUUGGCCGGAGACCUCAGGGCUGUCACACGUUCCAUUUGCAAUGCUGGGGAGAAGGUGCGGGACACGGAGCUUCAGGCAUAUCUGGGAGAUACAUGCAGUGACAUGCGACUCAUUGAAAAGCUCUCAGUCUCAACGGGGGCGGGUGGUGGUAUCUGCAUAUGUAUGAUGGCCUUCGGAAUAGUUUGCUUCUUGUUACAUGUCUGGUCGGGCUUUCGCAACAGGAGAGCGUGGAGAGCCGACCUCUUCCACUUCCAACCUCCUCUAAAUGUGGCAUUCGACCCUGCUGAAGCCGAGCCCAUAUCUCACGAGUUGCUUUACGGGUUUAUUACGGCAAUAACCUCGGCAGCGUUGCUGAUCAUUUACCUUCCCUUCUGGUGGAAGGCAGCACCCUUUGACCCAGACCCCUAUUUCGUCAAAAAUUUCGUUAUCUGA